GGCCACUACGCCUGAGCGGCACGCGUCCCACCAUAAACAAUAUCGAACGGGAAUCGACCUAUCGACUGCACCUCGGACAGCGCGUGUGAGCCAGCAAUCGUGUCCACCAUACCAGACAGCGCGUUCGUAUCACUCGGUGCGUUGGUGCGUUAGGUGGAAGCUGGGAUGGCUUAAUUGCCCCAGGCAAUGGCAACGUUGCCGCCACAGCAAUACCUUCAUGCUACACCGCUCGUACUUGUACAGGCACACAGCUCAAUGCAUCGCUCAUGUCGCUAAUGCCGCUGAACGCACGAGGUCCGCACUGGAACGCGGCGCGCAGAGGCUUGCCAAGCACAAUGGCAAGCACUGCUUGCAUUUGAAAACACGCCCGGUCUCUAAACGCUACGCUCCAGAUGGGUCCAGUAUCAUUUCAGCGCGUCACCGGACACCUCAUGGCCAGCAACGGGGCACCGAUCUACGGCAUUGAAGUUGAUGCUCAUGGCUCGAAAGUGGCGAUGGCAAUGCUUGAUUCCCCGGACUACCAAAGUAAGCAUCCGCGCCAGCAUACAUGCGCCACAUUGCGCUGUAUGCACACGAGACAGAAAUUCCAAGAGCAAUCGUGUUGGUUGACAGAUUUUAACGCAGCGUCUCUCAAUUUGCAACGAGGACGCUAUUGCCGGCGAAUGAUAUCCCAAGUCGACUGGGCGAAAAUUGCUCGUUUCAGUGGUCGGCUCGUCCACAUGCGUUCGGCCGAGUUGAAGCAGUUGGCAAUUGGAGCCGUAUCACUACUGUCGCGGUGGCUAGGAUAAUGUUGCCGCCGCGCUGCCAUUUGCAGGACGCUAGUUCUCAGCCGCCGACUCAGCGCAAUUUCUCAUCGGCCAGCUCAGGAUACAAAAAUCCUGUCAGGAUACUUCCACGUACAAGCUGGUAACAAUACGCGCGCGGCUCCAACGCUGAUGUGGCCUUCGUCCGCGCGUCCUUGCUCGCUCUAUCCUGACUUCUUCGCCAUCGAGCAUCUUGCUGGAACACGUCGCAGACAAUGUAUCCGCGGAGUAACCUGCCGGCGAUCGCUCGAUCGCGCUGCUCCAGAUCAAAAUCCGUUCGCUACGCUGGCGUCCUGUGGGUUAUCCACACACGCGGCAGGCAGGAGGCUGGGUGGGGAGAUGACUGAGCACUUCGCGCGUCAGCAGAUCCUCCUGUCACUGAUAGGCUGUCAGGUCGGCAAGGCAAGCACAUCAUGCAAGACGAAAACGCGGCGGUGUUCGCGCAGCACCAGGUCCACGCCACGUAUGCCAUUGUCAACUUGGGCGAAUCCUGCGUAUCCAUGGUCAAAAUCGUCCUGUUGCGAGAUGAAGGCAUCUUUGCUGAACUUCACGGUGUACGCGUGUGUACCAGGGGAAUGGCGGACGGAUGGCGGACGGCACCUAUAAAUGGGAUAAAUCGAGGAGAAGAGAGAACGCCUCGGCGUGUCUCGCAGCGAAGAGUACGGGCGUCUUCAUGCAUGACAAGCUUGAAGCGUGACUAUCCUGGUAUCGCCAGGACGACGCCUCAGGACUCGAAAAUGGUCGAUGCGACGGCAAGGCUGCUUCGUCCUCUCUACUGUACAGGAUUGCCCUUAAUCCAUCGGACUGCUGGAGAUUCGUCGAUAGACUGCAGCACGACACAAUACUUAUCUCUCCGUCCGACACAUUCGUUCUGCAGGAUACACAACCGCUUCAAUGUAUCCAUUGUCUGCGACUGUUGUAAGUAAACUCCCCGUGUAUCUUGGCCAAAUUGCGUGUUCUGACGAACGCGGCAGGGUACACUAAUCAAGUCAUUAGUUUGCUUGACUGGGUCUCCACCUAACAUCCCUUUGUUACAAUAUGUCUCCAUUCAUCGAGCCCCUUUCAGUCUCUCCAGUCACCACAAGGCGGCUGAUUCCAAGCUGUCGCAGCUGGAGAUAGCCCAAAAUCGCUUCCCAAACAGCGCUCCCCCAUGGCACCGUCGCCAGGACUUCCUAGAGAGCCUUGUGCCCAGCACAGCUUGCACGUCCGCAUACAUGUAGCAACGUGGCUUGCACCUCUUCAGUCUGAGCUUGCUUUCUUGGAUCCUCUUUUUCUCUGUGCGAACCGUAACCACGUGGAUUGAGCCUACAAAGUGAUCCUGUGUAUCUGCAUAUAGCGAUAUCAAAAGAAAGCUUCAAAUUAAGUAACGGCUGUAUAGAAGGCAUAAAUUAAAGAUGAUACAUGGUAAAACUGUGAUAUCUGAUAAAGAACACUGUGUUAGACAG